AAAGGAUCAAGAAGUCCAGUGACGUGGCCUCACGUACAUUCUAUGGGCUCUUAGGACCAACUGAACGACCCAAGGACUUCAUAGUGAAUAUGUUUUAAGAUGUCAGACAAUGAAAGCCCUACCAGCAACCCCGCUGACAAUGCGGAGGUCAAAACCCCGGAGCAACCAUCACCGACACUCUCUGAUUCACCUCCCGAAACUCCAAGCGACAAUUCCACCGACGUCGCCCCUUCUCGAAAGACUAGGAAAAGGCCAGAAAACAAAACUCCCGUCGAAUCACAGGAUUCCUCAGAGACACCAAAACCCUCAGAAGAAUCACCAAAGGAGCCCAGUCAGUCUUCAGUGGCACAGAGCGGUUGGGGUUACUGGGGAAAUUGGGGAAAAUCUAUUCUUUCCACUGCCAGUGCCACCGUAGCGACAGUAGGUCAAGGUCUGUCCCAAGUUAUUGAGAAGGCUGAGACUUCGCUAGGGAUACCCACUCCAGAAGAACUGUCUGCAGGGGUCGAAGAAGAGGAAAAAACUGACGUGAGCACGCCGAGCAGUGGGCCGGACAAACCAGACGGGGAGGGGCCAUAUGGAAUGGGCGGAGCCAUGGGAAUGCUUUCCUCUCUCACCAGUGUGGUUCAGAGCACGGGUAAAACAGUCAUAACUGGAGGUCUGGAUGCAUUGGAGUUCAUUGGGAAGAAAACCAUGGAUGUGAUAGCUGAGGGGGACCCUGGCUUUAAGAAAACAAAGGGACUGAUGAACCGAACCUCCACACUCUCUCAGGUCUUGCGGGAGGCGAAAGAAAGGGAGGAGCACGAAACGGCCCAGCAGGUAACCACGGAGACGGAGAAGAAGGCUCAUUAUGGGAUGCUUUUCGACGAGUUCCAGGGUCUGUCUCACCUGGAGGCUCUGGAGAUCCUGUCCAGAGAGAGCGAGUCGAAGGUGAAGUCGGUCCUGGCGACUUUGUCCGGCGAGGAACUGGCCCAGCUGAAAGAGGAGCUGGAACUCAUCAAAGAGCCGUUCUCCCUGGUGGAAUUCGACGAUGAUGACGUGGACGAUGCCAAAGACGAUGAUGGCGUGGAGUUUGAGACGGAGCUGACGGAAGCUCUGAAGAGACUACAGAUAUCUGCCACUGCCGACAAGCUGAACAAGGCCAGGACGAACGCUUUUGACCGUUUGCCCGAGGUGAAGGCGCCAGCAGCGGAGACGCAGCCGGAGGAAGAGAAGAAAGAGGAGGAUGCCGUGAAGAGAUGCACAGUAGAGGAGGUUCACUCUGCAGCUAUCACCAGUCUGGCGGAACUGACGGCCAGGUCGAUAGAACAGUUCCACAAAGUGGCUGAGAUGGUUCUCCACAGCGACGAGCAGGAGGUGACCGCCACAGAACAAGCCAAAAUCCUCUCCCAAAUUACCAUCGUUUUAUGCAAGGAGAUAUCACUGUUGUCAAAGAAGUUCACAUCUUGUUUAACCACUGUCGGGUCACAGGAAAAAGGAGAGGUCCUAAACCCACUCAUAACUGGCGUCUUCCUAGAGGCUUCCAACAGUGCGUCUUACAUCCAAGAUGCUUUCCAGCUUUUAAUGCCUGUAUUAGAGGUUUCACACAUUCAGAGGACAGCGGACUCAGGACAACCGUAACCAACAGCGACCACAAACCAGCUCGGAUAACGAAAGCAUUAUUUUUUUCCCUCUCUCUCCGGUCAAAGAACAGUUCUCUGGCAUUAUUUGUGCAAAUGUAUAUUUUCAUUGGAAGUGAAAAUGGAUCUGUUUCUUUUAGGUAUCAAAUUGUGCUGUCGUCACCCACGGUUAAUAAAUUUGAACAUUUAUCUUGUGUAUCGGCGUUUAUCGAUGCAGAAUAUGAUUCGGUUUCUCUCGUCUUAAUCUCUCUCUCUCUCUCUCUCUCUCGCUCUGAACGCAAGACUUGUGGGGUUUUCGGUCAUUUGAAUAUUUUUUGAAAAACAUAUUCAUUUUCCCCUCAGCAGUUUACGUCUUGUAUGAAUAGAAACGCUUAAAAUCAUGUAUUGCAUCUCUUGGAAUAUUUUAUCAUAUUCAAAUGCUUGGGCUAGUUAUUAUCAGUAAUGGUUUAUUGUGCAGUGAUCAUAGCUGUAAACUUUUGCUGGAAAACUCAGCUACAUGCAUCAGAUUCAUAUCAGUAUUUACUUUUGGGUCCUUUUUUUUACCCAUUUGUAUGAAUAUAAGUAUUUUACUGGGUCUUCUGAAAACGAACACACUUUGGUUUGUCAACGGUGAAAAGCAUGAACCUUGUAUCCGCACCUUUAAACUUUACAAAAUGUACUUCUCUCUAACCAGCACAUUACAACUGUAGAUUUUCUUAAAACAAAAAAAUAUGGUCUUGAAUGAAAGUGUAAAAAAAAAAAAAAGAAAGAAAGAAAGAAAGAAAAACACUAUUUUGAGAUAAUGUAUUUCCUGCUAUUGGUGGUGCCAACACAAACCUAUCAAAAAUUGUAACUUUUUUUUUUUCCUUCUUUUUUUUUUUGGUCAAGUCCUGGGUCGAAUAAGAUUUGGAAAACUGGACCUGUUCCCCCACUUCUCUCACAGUGUUCCUGUCCCCUUGCCGUGUGUGUGCUCUUGUUUUCUCUAACUAAAAUUCUUACAGGACUGACUGUGUUAGUGUUCAAUCAAAAGAGCCACUCAAAUGCCUUACAGACUCUAUAUCAAAACUGCCAUUUGUCCUGCUCAUAGAGACCAAGGUGACAAAGAAAAGAGCCACUGAGGAGAACUGGGACAGGGUUCAGUCAUUCAAAUACUUGUUUGAUGAGUUUGUAGUUCCUCUGUGUACAAUAAUUAAUAUAGCUUGGUUUAGGAAAUCCCAUGUAAUUCAUAUAAAAUGUUGAUUUUGAAGGUUUUUUUAUAUAUAUAGUACUCAGUAUUUUGGCUAUGCUGCGAUAGGUGUGCAGACUGAAUGUAAAGGAUAGCA